CCUCUCGUCGUUCCAAGGAAAGCCCCGUUCUUGCAGCUCCUUCGGUGAGUUAGAGCCUCUCCUCCGCUCCAUGUUAUUCAGGGGAGAGGAGCGGAGCGGAGGCGUCGGGUCCGCGGUCAUGGAGCUGCAUUAGGAGCAAUAAAGCACAAGCUCCUCUACCCCUGCACAGAAAACACACACCGGCAGGAGUCUACGGCGACGGCGGAGGAGAACGCGAUCAUGCGGUGCGCGGACAGCAGAAUCUGAACGCGUCUGCCGAUCGAGAUGAGCGCGGAGGAGCAGCAGCAGCAGCAGCGCGACUGGACGCGGGCGGAGGUGCAGCGGCUGUCCCGGGAGCUGGCGGAGACCACGCGGGAGAAGAUCCAGGCGGCGGAGUACGGGCUCGCGGUGCUGGAGGAGAAACAGCAGCUGAAGCAGCAGUACGACGAGCUGGAUGCGGAGUACGAGAGCGUCCGCCAGGAGCUGGAGCAGCUGCGAGAGGCGUUCGGACAGGCCCACUCCAACCACAGGAAGGUGGCGGCUGACGGCGAGAGCCGCGAGGAGUCGCUCAUCCAGGAGUCGGCGUGCAAGGAGGCGUAUUACGAGCAGCGCAUGCAAGAGCUGCAGGCCGAGCUGCGACAGGCGCGCAACAUCCUGACCAACGUCCAGUCAGAGAACGACCGGCUCGCCACCAUCACUCAGGAGCUCCGAGAGAACAGUCAGAUGGUGGAGCUGCAGAGGUCUCGUCUGCGUGACGACGUCAAGGAGUUUAAGUUCAGAGAGGCUCGUCUGCUGCAGGACUACAGCGAACUCGAGGAGGAGAACAUCAACCUGCAGAAGCACGUUUCUGUCUUAAAACAGAGCCAGGUUGAGUUUGAGGGUCUGAAACAUGAAAUUCGUCGUCUGGAGGAAGACACCCAGUUUCUGAACAGCCAGUUGGAAGACGCCAUCCGUCUGAAGGAGAUCGCUGAGAGGCAGCUUGGGGAGGCGCUGGAGACCAUCAAGACCGAGAGGGAGCAGAAGGCCGCCUUAAGAAAGGAGUUAUCACAGUACAUGACCAUCGGAGACUCGAUGUACCACAGUCCUUUGAGCAUCUCCCUCGAUGGGCUGAAGUUCAGUGACGACACCGCAGUCGAGCCCAACAACGACGAACCCCUCCCCGUCUACGAGAAUGGCUUUGACAAGAUCGACAACAACGACAACCGUGUUUCCACGCCCAAAAAAGGAGAGCUGUUCCACCCUUCCUCCAGCCUCGUGGACAAUCUGCUGAAUGAGCUCAACAUCUCCGAGAUCCAGAAGCUCAAACAACAACUUCUGCAGGUGGAGCGAGAGAAGGUGACGUUGCUGUCUACUCUGCAGGAGUCUCAGAAGCAGCUGGAGCAGGCUCAUGGAGCGCUCUCAGAGCAGCACGAGAAGGUCAGCCGUCUCACAGAGAACCUCAACGCCGUCCGCAAGCUUCAGGCGAGCAAAGAGCGCCAGUCCGCUCUGGACAACGAGAAAGAUCGCGACAGCCACGAGGACAGUGAAUACUACGAGGUGGACAUCAACGGCCCCGAGAUCCUGCAGUGCAAGUACAAGGUCGCCGUGUCUGAGGCCAGUCAGCUGAAGGAGGAGCUCAAAACGUUGAAGGCAGAACAUUCAGCCUGUCAGUCUCAGUAUAAGGAGGAGCGGGCGCAGCUGGAGAGCCAGGUUGCAUCUUUAGGUGCUCAGGUCACUUCUUUGGAGCGCAGCAGCAGAGCCGAACGGGAGCAGCUGGCGAGGCUGGAGAAAGAGCUCCGUCAAGCCAGCGAGGUGGCAGGCGAAUCCCAGGGCAGCCUUAACAUUGCACAAGAUGAGCUCGCCACCUUCAGCGAGGAGCUUGCCAACCUCUACCAUCACGUAUGCAUGUGCAACAACGAAACGCCCAACCGCAUCAUGCUAGACUACUACCGCGAAGGCAAGGCUGGCGUCAAUGGCUGGGGCAGCCCUGAUGGCCGCGGACGGCGCUCUCCCAUCCUGCUGACCCGCGGCCUCUUCCCCAGCGACGGCGCUUCAUCUCCGGUCUCCUCUGUCCCAUCCCCGGUGGCUGAUCCCCGCAAGGAGCCCAUGAACAUCUAUAACCUGGUGGCCAUCAUCCGUGACCAGAUCAGGCACCUGCAGCUGGCGGUGGACCGCACCACCGAGCUCUCGCGUCAGCGCAUGGCUUCCCUGGAGCUGGGUCUUGGGGCCGACCGAGACCAGGAGGCGAGCGUGGAGGAGAUCCUCAAGCUCAAAUCGCUCCUCAGCACCAAGAGGGAGCAGAUAGCCACCCUGAGAACCGUCCUGAAGGCCAACAAACAGACCGCUGAGGUGGCGCUGGCCAACCUGAAGAGCAAAUAUGAGAACGAGAAGGCCAUGGUGACUGAAACCAUGAUGAAGCUUCGCAACGAACUCAAAGCCCUAAAAGAGGAUGCAGCCACUUUCUCUUCACUCAGGGCCAUGUUUGCCACACGCUGUGAUGAGUAUGUGACUCAGUUGGACGAGAUGCAGAGGCAGCUGGCUGCUGCGGAGGACGAGAAGAAGACUCUGAACUCCCUCCUUCGUAUGGCCAUCCAGCAGAAGCUGGCACUCACCCAGCGCCUCGAGGACCUGGAGUUCGACCACGAGCAGACCCGCCGUGGAGGAGCCAACGGCCGCUCCAGGACCGCCUCCUCGCGCGGUAAACCCACCCACCCCCACGUAAGUCACCCUGCCGCCGCUGCCAUCUGCGGGGGUCGAGGCGAGCCCAACGGCCUCCUGGGAACGCCGGUGGUGUUUUGCAGCGAGAAGUACAAGAUCUACUGCGACUGAAGCUGCGCGGGCCUCAUCAGCCGUUGUACAAAGCUCCACUCAUGCGCUCUCUUGCUUGCUGUGUGCUAACCCAUAUGAUGUGUCCGUGUGUUUAGGGCUAAAUAUGGUCAUGCCUGCUAGCAUCCUCGUAGCCAGGUGCAUGUUGUAGUGCUAGCUAAGGGCAGAAUGGUAUAACGUGUAGUCUUAUCGGUGAAGUGUGUUUCCGCUAGCGGUACCAAACCCAAUUGCACAAUUUUACAGCUCAAGGCAGCAUUACUAAAUUAGACGUGAUAGAGAGAGCUAGCCAUAGGAUUGUUGAAUUGUGGUUACGUCAGUAGCCGUUCGCCCUUUUUCCUCUGUCCAUCUCUCUCCUGCCUCUGAAAUCAGCAGCCCGUCCAAUCAGGUAACUCGUGUUUACAUGCUCGAACAAAUGAAAUAUGCAAACCUCCUCCCUGCCUUGAUGACGUGCAGGAAAAAUCAUAGAAGUGUGCCAUUUUUGUUUCGUUUUUUGCGAGAAAACCGAAAUAACGUCAAAAAUGAAAAUAGACGGGUUGGAGAGUGUGUGUUUUAACGAUGUCACUCGUGAGGCAGGCGGGAACGUGUUCAUAAAUCAGUAUGCGCCUUUUCCAUUUGAUGUCCGGCUGCAGAACUGAGAGCUUUAAUAUGUCUUCGACUCGAUUGCGUUUACUUGAGCACACACGGCUUUACACGCUGAAGUCACGGUGAAGGGCUUGUCACACGCCGUCAACUUAUUUCCAUCGCAGAUCAAACAUUAGAGAGGCCUUAUCUGUCGUUUCUGUGCUCUAAAUAGCGUGGCCAUCUCAUUUCAAGACGAGAAGGACAAACCAGUGACUCUUCUUGGCGAACACAAGAUUCAGAGUUCAAAGUCUCUGGCUUGCUUAAAACAGAGAUCAUAUAUUCCUCGUUACGCUCAUCCUUCACAUUAGUAAUCUUUAUACGAUAUGAAUCUCCAUGUAUAUCACAAUUACCAUUUUGUUUGAAAUCACACGAAAGAUCAACACAACUGCAUCGGGUUUUUAGACAAAAGUUCGUGGUCUAUUUGCAAGCUAAUGUCAGUUAAUACAUGAAUUGCUACAAAUGGCUUCGCUGAAUUUGUAAAUAAAAAUGGCAGCACCAUACAUUUCAGGAAGUUGAUAGCAGUGUUAAAUAAAGAUUACAUGCAUUUUUCACAUUCCGUAAGAUUUUCUAGUCCAUUUAAUCCAGCGAGGUCCGUUCCCAUAUGAUCUCGUGGUUUGAAUCCUGCUCCUGGAAGGGAUGCCUGCACUCAUCACAUUAUUGAUGUUCAUUUUGAAAUUGAAUUGACGUCACAGAAAAAAGUCAAUGUCUCAUUCGGUUGCCAUGUCUAACAAUCAGAAAACAGAUUUUUGGUCGGUGUGACAUUUUCAAACUUCAUGUUCAAUGGCUUGCUUCGGUUACCAGUGAAAAUUAGCAGUCGGGUUACCAUUUGGUCUGCAUUUCGCCAAGAGGAGUUCAAGGUUUCCCAAUGGACUGGUCUCAUUAACAUUCACUACUUCUUUGGCUUGACCUGGUGAGGUUGAGGUUUUUAGUUCUUGUGAGAACCUCUGGCUUCCUGCAUCCUGCACUACUUCUUUCACACUCGCUAACAAAACACGUCACAUGGGCUGUGUUCGGCUUCUGCUCAUUUUUCCGUUGAGUUCUGCUGGAAAGACCGCUUGAGCUGCUGUGUAACGGCUUUUAUUUGUUUGUUUCGAUUUGCAGUAACAUUCAGCCUGAGCUGGAACUCAAAAUUGCACCACUGCCUCCAAACCCAGUAAACGGUCUUGGAUCUACGAGUCGCAUUUGGGUUCUUUUUACACACACUGGAAGCCAGAGGUCACAAAGUCCUAAAAACGUACUGCUUAACUUUGAACUAAAAGAAAAAAAGAACAUGUGCUAAUGUUCUUUUCUUUUUAAGACAUUCAUCUGACUCUGCAUUUUCUAAAAUUUGAUCUUUUAAUAUAAGGUUAUAUUGCUUUUUCUUAUAUUGGUCUAUUGUUUGAGGUGUCUGUUCACUAUUUUAAGAGUAUUUGAUUUCUUUAUAUGCAUCCUCUGUGAGCAGAACUCAGCGUCACGUAAUCAUAACUCACAUAAUUCAUAUUCUGUCAUCUUUCUGAAAUGAAUCCAUUAAAUUAUCUGUGUGUUUUACUGAAAUGUUAUCCUUCUCGCAUUGAUGCAUUUUACAGCCAUGUUUGAAUGCUUUUCGUCUAUUUAUUAUUACUGUCAUAUUGUCUAUAUAGGAAUAUUUUAAAGUGAACAAAUAAAAAAAAAUGUGGCUUAAUCCAAUCAGAAGGCUUUGGUUAAACGAAACCAAAAGCUGAUUGGAUUUUUUCGUAACACUUCACAAUAAGGUUCAAACCACGAACAAUGCAGCAUUUAUUAAUCUAGUAUCAUUACUCUUAUAACGGUGUAUGAAUUAACAUUAGGUUAACGUAUUAUGAUCAAGCGUGAAUUAACAAUAAGCGAGAAUACUCGUACGUUAGCAUUAAGAGCUGUACCUUAUUGUAAGUGUUGUCCAUUUCUCUCUUGUUCGUUUCAAGCACCUUCGCUCAAGCUUUACGUGGAUCACUGACUUUCUGCAUUCUGUACAAGAGGAAAUGAAUUAAUUCCAAAUUGGAAUGCUGUAAUAUUCUCUCUGUCUACUGUGCCAAGUGUCGGUACAACGUUUGGGUCGGUUCAAAGGAUCAGAAGCGCUUUACCUCACCCUCUGUUCGGUUCGUCUUUCCUUUAUGAUCUUCAUUCUGACCGUUAGUGCCUUUUUGUUCUUUGAAGAGAGAAUCCUAGCUUAGCGUUUAGUUUUUUUGGUAUUUUAUUUUUCUCAGCGGAUGGCUCGUUUCAAACCUAGCAGCAGCAAUAAGUACAGAAGACGUUCGUUCUGUUUUCAAGGGUGCGAAGAUAUCGAUUAUUAGAGAAAUAAAACGGAUUGUACGGAAUUCGUCAGGUCAGUGAUCCUAGUAAUAGCAAAUUCAGGGGUUUUAGAAAACGUGUUUUGUCAAAUGGUUUGAAGCCAGAGCUAUGGUUUGCCUCGAUAUGAACACAAAUUGAGACACGAAACCUGCGUGGUGUUUUGUUGUCGGAGACCGGUGUUAUUCUAGCUUUGUACGGUGAGGUAGCUGAGGUCAUGUGAUAUUGAUAGUAUUGUUAACAAUUGUGAGAAAGCUCGUGUCCUCUUUCUGUCCAAUUGGUUUUGUUUUUAUACUUUUUUCACAUGGUUAUAUGAACAUUACAAAUUCAGGAAACAGAAAACAUGUUGCAUCAACAAGCACACGGUGCCACAAAAGUCACAUUUUGUUUGUUGAGGCGUAAAAUUAAUAAAUAGAGUCAGCGAGUGAGGAGAAACUAAAUUAAGUGCAAUUAAACCAACACCAAGUGAUGUGGUAACUAAGGUUUUCUGUUUGCUGGAAGUGAUGGCGUUGUGAUCUUCAACUAGCUGUGGAAGCUUCGAUUUGGAAACUCUUUAUUAUUGUGUUCCAGUAUUGAUCUAUAAGGAUCUAUAAGUUUGAUACCUUUAUAUGAAAUAACGUUCAUUCGUUUGUAUUAAUUUGAAAUAUUGUCAGUACUGAACUUUAUAAUGUGCAUUAUUAUGUCAUGUGCAUGUUUCUUUCAGCUAUGAGACUUGUACACAGAAACGAAAACAAAGCUUAAAACUCCAAAACAAAAAAAAAAAGAGAGAGAGAGACAUGUUUGGGUUUAAAUUGGUUCGUUACUCUUGAACUAUCAGAGUUGAAGUAUUGUUUUCUAGAGGUUUGUCUGUGUAGAAGUAGUCAUGCUGGCUCAAGUCAGUAAAUACAAAUAAAAGGUCACUCUGC